CCGGCGGCCUUUUAGUACAGCACAAACCUCGGGUCCGGAAUGACCGCGUCGGAAGUUUUCGGUGAAACGUCGGUGGCCAAAGCGUCGACAUUCGGGUCCGAUCGGUUGCUCAUAGUUUCCAGUGAUCCUCUCGGGCCAACCCCACCCCCCUCCCCAUUACCAGAGGAGACGAUCGUGGCUGCGACGAAAAAAACGAAGAAGGCUUUGUCUGGCGAAGAUCGGUCGGCGGCUGCUAUCACAUGGUCGCCGGAGAUCAUCCAAGCAACCGAUGGGGGAGAGAAUGGUGAUGAUGACGACGGAGAGAAGAUUGGCGGAGAAUGUCGACUGCAUUCGGAUAGCGGCGGCGAUGGUGAAUGUGAAACGCUGGACACCGAUUUCAACCUGUCUUCAAGUCCCAGCGGCGGCCGAACCGAUGAUGAAUCUGGUCUUCUUUUGACUGCCAAAAGCUCCCCAUCGCCGACCCCAAUGCCGAUCAAGUACAACCACCACGGCUCGGCCACCAUUCUGGACCAGAUUCCGGAGAAUGAGCAACCUUCCGCGGGCAAGCCGCACCAUUCCAAUGGAAACCACUCGAACGGACGGCGCCGAUCUUCGGUGGCCAUGCAGGAAAUGCUUUCGACCCAUCGACCUUCCACGAUCAUGUCCGCCCUGCGGCGAGGUUCGCUAGCCUGGCUACCCGGCCGGGGCAAGAGUGGAUCCUCGUCCCAUCAGGGAGGCCACGACGGAGCCGAUUCCAACAUGGGCAGCAAGGGCUCGCUCAGCCAGGUGCCCCACGGAUCCGGUGGUGCCCACUGCGAGCUGGCCCUCGAGUCCCGCCGCAAGAAUCGACGAAUCGGAGAUGACGCGCUGAGUACGGCCCUGUCGGCGCUGUACGCCAAGGUCAUCGUGAUCCUCGGCAUUGCACUUCCCGUGACGGAGAUCCUGUCGUCGCAGAUCCCAGCCAACGUGUACCAGGGCUUCUACCUGUACCUGUACAGUGUGAGCAUCACGUUCGUGAUCUUUGUAUACGCGUCGAAUAUGCGACGCAGGGCGGUGAUGACGCUGAUUAAGAGUUAUCAGGAAAAAACCAACACCUUCCCGGUCAAGAAGCGUGUCCCUCACUUCGGUUCGUUUUACCUGCGCGUCGGAGCGAUCGCGUUCGGCAUCGGCACGAUGGUCUAUUCGGGCCUGGAGCUGGGUCAGUACUUUGAGCUGCACGCUUCACCCGGCUGUCACAGCAUCUUCGUGGCCCUGACCCCGGCCGCCCGAAUGAUCCUGUCGAUCGUGCAGAUGCAGUUCAUCUUCCUAAACACAUCCGAGCUGGACAUGGCCCGCCACAAGGUGUUUGCUCGGUUCGGGUUGAUGCACAUGAUCGCGACCAACCUGUGCGAGUGGCUUUACAUCCUGGUUGAGGAAACCAAGCACGAGAUUCACCACUUGGCCCACAUGGCCGAACACCCGAGGAUUGUUUCAGCAAUGGUCAACAUCACCCACCAGAUCUUGUCAACCACGACUACAACGACAACCACGGCUUCUCCUGCUCAUUCCAGCGAGGAAAGUAGCGAAGAAGACUUCGGCGGAGCCUUCCUGCUAGCCAACGGAACAGCCCGCCACUCCAAGCGAUCCCCCGUGGGCUCCACUGACCUUUCGGAGUACAUCGACUGUCAGCGGACCAACAUCAUGGGCUCGUUAGUUCAGAACGCCUCGCCUUUCCUAUUCCCCUGUACGAUCGAGUACUCGCUCAUUUGCGCCGUCAUUCUGUACGAGAUGUGGAAGAAGGUCAAAACGAUCGCGGAGAUUGAUCGUACCCGGCGAACCUCGCACCGGCUACACAGUGUGGUCACCAAUGGACACCAGGGUAACCAUCAUCAUCCUACCGGCAAGAGUGCGCACCACUUCUCGGUAGACUGCUCUCGUGCACAUCGCGGAAUGUUCGGCGGCAUAAUCAUCACCGUUCUCACGAUCAUCUGCUUGAUCAUGUACUUUGUGCUGCACGACGAACCCGGCUACGAGUACUUUGCGCUGCAAGAGGUCACCAUCGCCGAAACGCUGCUCUACACCGUGACCGCGGCAGCGGUCGUGGCCGCCAUGAUCAAGAUGCGCGACCUCAAGUACUGCAAGAAGCAUAACGAUCCUCACGCCAGCUCCGUCAGUUUGGACUGUACGCUGCUGGUGCUGGCCCAAACCGGAGUGUACGUGUACGGAAUGUUCAGCAUCGUCGGCAGCUACUUCUCGAUCCAGAACAACGUCCCGGGUGCCCAGGAGGGCAUGAUCGCGGAACUGUUCAGCCUCGUUCAAACCUCCAUCCAAACGCUCUUCAUCCUGAACGCCGUGUGGCGCAAGUGCCGAGGCGCGCAACAACACCGGACCAAACCAGGUCGCGAAAUUGUCACCUUCCUGCUCGUGGCCAACAUGGCCAUGUGGUUCAUCAACACGCUGAUCAAGGGCCGGGCGAGCUUCCGGCCGUCGCAUCUGGACUUUUUCGGCACCUGGGCGUGGACCGUCAUCACGCACGUCUCGAUGCCGCUGGCCAUUUUCUACCGGUUCCACUCGACGAUCUGUCUGUUCGAAGUGUGGAAGUCAACGUACAAGGUCAAGGGUGGGGACCAUCACUAGGGUUCCGGCUAACUGUUAGAAUUAACUUAUUUAUAGUAAACCAGUGUGGUUGUGCGUUUGUAAAUAGUAGCGUAAGCACCGUGGAAUAAGAUUUGAGCCUUUUUAGCAGCAA